AAUUAUUAGUGUUGAUGAGGAUUACAGUAGAUAGCUGAUUACACCAUGUCUAUCAUCACCAAUAUUUUUAUUUCAUCUAUGUUUUUUAGAUCUUGUUUAUCUUUCAUUAUGCCACUAGAAGACUUUAAAGGUGCAGAUUGUAUAACUGAUGGAAUGAACAGUGUAUAUAGCGGGACAAUAAAUACUACCAAAAGCGGGCGAAUUUGUCAGAAAUGGUCUUUACAAAUUCCUCAUACACACGAUAAAACAUGGUUAGGAGAUAAUAACUAUUGUCGUAAUCCACACUUGUUUCCUGGAGGACCAUGGUGUUUCACUACAGACGAGAAUGUACCAUUCGAGUAUUGUGACAUCCCAGUAUGUGAAAAACGUCCAAACGAAAGAUCAAUCGAUUGUCCUGCGGUGAAAUGUUAUAAUAAUGGAACACUCCUACUGGAAACAUGUACUUGUAGCUGUUUAUCACCCUUUUCUGGACUGUUCUGUGAAACAGAAAUGAAGCCAACACAGUGGCCUGGUGGAAGUUAUGCACUUUAUACAUCUAUGUUUGGCUGUCCUGAAGACGUUGACUACGGAUGGAUGACGGGAUAUGUCAACAUGACACUGCUGCCUAAAUCAAGGAACAUGUUUUGGAAUGAUCUUGACUGGUAUACAUUCGAACCCCAUAUUCUUGGUCCGUAUACUCAGCAAGCAAUACAGAUUAAUUUUUGCAUUAUGAACUCAACAGCUGAUAAUCCAUGGCCAGCUGGAAAUUAUUGCAUAUACAAAACUAAUGAAAUAUGUCCGAUCGGUUUUAACGAAGGAAGUAUGACAGUGCGUGGUUAUACUUACGACUUAGGAGGAGAUCUACCAGAUUUGAAAAUAGACAAUUCUACAGACCUGACUUUAAUGUAUUGUUGUAGAGAUGACGGAAACGCCGAUGAACCUAUACAAUUGCCACACGACUUCCCUUUUAUUUUAUUUCUGGGGCCAACUACCGACACGUGCCAAGAAGUGGAUAAAAUGAAAUGGACAUUGGAUGGAUUUUACCUGGUCAACGAACAUCUUAACUUUGAAUAUGACGGAUUGCAUCCUAAUUUUACUGCCCAUGCUGUUUAUCAUAGACAUGUAGGCAUACCGUUGUGCUACUAUGAGCCAUUAAGUAAACGAGAGUGUGUCUUUAAGACUGACUUCGGAGCUUCAUAUAAAGGUCACGAAAAUAUUACGAAAUCAGGGAGGCACUGCAGCUUAUGGAAGGAUAAUAGCCUUGAUUUUACUACAAGUACCAGAUGGAUAGGGGAAUUUGAAGAAAAUUACUGUAGGAAAAUCGAUAUGGGAUUGAAAACUCCCCCUGGUUGCUAUAUUGGUGGUGAAUUUGAAAGCUGUGAUAUUCCAGAAUGCGAGGACGACCCAGAAUAUUUGGAAAUAUUUGGAAAGGGGAGAAGCUACAACUCAGCACCAUCACUUAGCAGCACACCUGCUUCUUAUGCAGUGGAUGGUUUAAUUGGUGCAGGACUAACUUUUAGAAAUUCCAGAUCGUAUUCUAAGCCAUGGUAUUUACUUAACUUACAAGAGUAUGUUGAAGUACAUGCAAUCGUUCUUUACCGAAUGCAAAUUUGGUUUCCAGUAAGCCACAGAUAUGUAGGAACGUAUGUUAGUAAAAAUAGAUGGGAUUUCCUGACAUAUGGAGCAUAUAGAUGUGAGGAAAACCGAAAUCCUAGGAAAAAUGCAAUAUUUAGAUAUCAGUGUAAGCGUCCUAUUGUCGGACAAUAUGUCAGUGUGACAAAUUUUGACUUCACUAAUGAAAACGCUAGACAGGGCUACUACCAUUUCUUUGAAAUAGAAGAGAUUCAAGUGAUAGGAAAAUCAACAAUGUGUGGACGACAAUUAGGUCUCAUAUCCGGUGAUGUUUACGAUUACCAGUUAGAAUCGUCCUCGAGGAAAGACAAAGAUCAUCUAUCAAACUAUGGGCGUUUAUUCUACCCAGAAACUGGCUGGUGUUCUAGUUCUGAUGAUGUUUCUCCAUGGUUUAUAGUUGAUUUUAUUGUGCCUUUAAAACUCCAAGGUGUUGAGCUACAGGGAAUAAAAGACGGUUCAAAUGCACAAUUUAUUGACUCGUUUAAAAUAAUGUAUGGUAAUGACAGGAGCAACCUAACUUUUUACGAGGACCCGAUCGGAACAGUGAAGAUAUUUAUAAUCAAUCCGAUGACAAGCCCACUGUCUAUUCAUCAGUUUAUUUUUAAUAAAGAAAUUUAUGGCAGAUACCUUAAAGUGGUUCCAGUGGAUUACAAAGAAGCAUGUUUAAAACUUGAAGUCAUUGGUUGUCCAAAACAAGUGAGACGUGACUUGUGGUGUAGAGAUACAAAAUUCGACUUUGGUUUUGAAGUCCUCAGAUAUCAUUCGUUUUGGAUGGCCGAGCAUCAUGAUAUAGAACGUAUGGGCAAAACAGGAAUAGAUUUGAAACAAUGUUUUGAACGCUGUCAAAAUAUAUCUUGCACUUCCUUCUCAUCUGAGUACCCGAACAGUCGUUGUACACUACAUUUUGGACACAAAUAUACUCCAGAGUAUCAUAGAUGGUGGAUUGAGGGUGUCGAUCCUGGAAAUGUCUACUAUCAAAGACUGUGUUUUAAAGACUUUUUAGAGUUCAACACUUGUGGUGGAGAUGUAUUUUUGAAGAAUGAUAAUGAUGAAUCAACUAUUUUAUCUCCAAACUUCCCCUUCAAUUAUGGUCAAGGAUUAACUUGUGUUUGGUCUAUUCAUUCCACCAUGUUUAUUGAAAUAGAAAUUGUGUCUAUUUCACUUCAGAGGAGAAUUCUAUUAAGUGAAAUGCAAAAGAUGAGUAUAUAUGACAUUAACCCAGGGCAAUGUGAAGACUCACUGAGCAUUAUAGAUCACGACGGAUAUGGAAAAACUAUUCUACCAAAUGAAGAUCAACUAAAUGGAGUCAAGCUAUUAUCUGCGUCCAAUAAAAUCAAGAUACAACUAACAUCCUGUUAUCAAUAUCAAAGGAAUAAUCAAAAGAGUUUCGAAUUAAAAGUAUCCACGAUUGAUUUACCAGGAUGUGGCGGACUAGACAGUUGCUUUAAAACAUGUAACCAGCCUUCAGCCUACAUUUAUACACCAGGAUUUCCUAUAGCUUAUAAACCAGGCGAGGCAUGCUUCUGGAAGAUCGAAGGCGUAUAUGGUCAAUUUGUAAAACUCACUAUUAUCAACUUAGAUGUUACAGAUGACUCAUCAUGUGAAAAAUCCUUUAUUUCUGUUUAUGAUAUAGACAUACAAGGACAAGCAAAAUCCUUAGGAAAAUUUUGUAAAGAUAAUCGCCCAUACGAAACAUUUAUAUCAAGUUGGGAAAGACUUCAAAUUGAAUUUAAAGCUGCUACUGAUAUUCCGGGAAGUGGUGGAUUUCUGGGAAAAUAUGUCAUGGAAACUUUUAUACAAGAGUCAUUCGAUGUAUCAAAUGACAGUUGCCCAGACAACUGGCAUGCAUUUAGGAACAGUUGUUAUAGUUUACAGAAGAAAAAAUUUGGCAUUACAUGGAUUGAAGCCGAAAAUGAAUGCAAGAUUAACAACGGUCAUCUUGUUAGCAUAGCUGACAUUUCUGAAAUGAAAUUUAUUCAUUACCUCAUUACUGCUUAUAAAGAUUAUCUAGAAGGUGAUCGUGCAUAUAUAGGCCUGAAGAAGAAGACUAAUGGUUAUUCUAUGAGGGACUAUAUUUGGUCGGAUGAAAAACCUUUGACGUUCACUGCAUGGUUUUUUGAUAAAAGUACAGGAUUUGCACAACCAGAUGGCUUAGAGAAUGAACAAUGCUCAAUAAUUCAGCUGUUUAGUAUACACAAUAUAAAUGCAUGGCAUGAUGUUGCUUGCGCCUACAACAAAAUAUCAAACUUCAUUUGUGAGACAGAAACUGUUCCAAAUGUUAAUGAUAAUAUCAGAAAUUCAAUAAAUCAAGUAACAGCACAACCCGAUGAAAUCCUGUACCUAUGUUACUCUGGUGAAUAUAUUCUAAAUAUAUUUCAAUGUGAUUCGGUGAUAGAUUGCAUUUCUGGCGAUGAUGAACAGAAUUGUUCAUCUUCCUGUUCCAAUGACCAGUUUACUUGUGAUGAUGGCAGCUGUAUAUCAAUUAGUUUACAUUGUGACUUUAUUCAGCAGUGUCAGGAUGGAUCGGAUGAAACAUUUUGUGAAAGACGAUCAUGUUCAACAAACGAGUGGCAGUGCAAAAAUAUGCAAUGUAUUCCUGUACAUCAAAGAUGUGAUUUUGUUCCUAAUUGUUAUGACAAAUCUGAUGAGAUACUGUGUGAAAUUUGUGGAUCAAACAGUUUCCAAUGCUACGACCAGACCUGUAUACCGUUUUCGAGAGUUUGUGAUGGAGUUAUUGAUUGUAGCGGGCUUUUCCAUGAAGAUGAAUCUGAAGACUGUCUGAAGAAAACACAACACACUUGCAAAGAUUGGUACGCCAGUGGUUCGAAGGAAAAUGGAGUAUUUCUUAUUGAUUUAUAUCUAAACGAUAGUGCAUCAGUAGAAUGCAUAUUUGAUGAAUGGGAAAACUAUACCCAAAUAACAACGAUAGUCCACCAUGAUAAUGAGGAGACAGUUACGGCCACCCUAGACGGAUAUGAUAUAAUACCUGUCUAUUUUGCAAGUGACGCACAUAUUGAAAUCCUAAAGGGUAUUGGCAAAUGUAGCCAAUCAAUAGGCGUUUAUUGCCAUUUUUCCGAAAAUCGAGUGUACAGAUCAUCCCUAAUCGCAGGCAUCAUUGACAACAAAACGCCCCAGAAUGAUUGUGGGUGCCCAUUCGUUGGAAAUUGUGAUUCUGAUGUUAAAAGAUGUAACUGUGGAAAUGAGCCAUAUGAUUGGUACACAGCUGAUAAUAAUGAAAUACGAUCAGACAUCGGAGUUAUAUACAACGAAACACAACUUCCUGUAAAACAUACCUAUACACUGCCAACGACUACUUACAAUAAAUUGCAUCUUGGACCUUUAAAAUGCAUUGAAGAUUUUCAAAUUUCAUCGAACAUAUUUCGCUGUAGCGGAGGGCAAACUGUAUCAUCAGAUGUUUUGUGUAAAUUAGAUUAUGAUGAAAAGAAGGAAAUUAUUGGUUGCAGAGAUUUGUCACAUCUAACAAGCUGUGAAACGUCUCAGUGUCCUCCGGGGUAUCUUAAGUGCCAAGACAGUUAUUGUAUUCCACCAAAACUUUUGUGUAAUGGAGUUCAAGAUUGUCCAGCCGGAGAGGACGAGAGCGGUUGUAGAAAACCUGCGUGUGAUGGACUUUUUCGAUGCCAUGAAAGUGAUAUAUGUUUAAGCCUAGACAAACGUUGUAAUGGGUUUGCUGAAUGUCCACAGUUUGAUGAUGAACUGCUCUGUGAUAUAAAUUGUACAACAAAAUGUAAAUGUGAUGGUUUGUCAAGUAAAUGUGUGCUUGAAAACAUGUCAGUUAUUUCGUUUCCUCCAGAAACCAGAAAAAUAGACCUGAGUAUGUCUAAUUUAUCAGCUGUUGAUAUCGUAUUGGAAAAUAACUUUCUUUUAGCUGAACUAAAUCUAUCAUCAACCAGACUUCGUGAUCUUGAACGCAUCCAUUUUGGAAAAUUCCACAAUAACCUGUAUUUAUUGGACCUAUCACUAAAUCAGAUAUCUACAAUACCUAGUUACACAUUUGAAGGAAUGAUUCAUCUAAAAAUACUUCUGUUCGCAGGAAACACAUUACUUGAAAACGUCUAUCCACAUUCAUUUGCAGGAUUACCCAGUGUAUCGAUGAUGUCACUAGUACAAUCUAACAUUUGGUUGUUACGAAGUAAUAACUUUAUGGGCGUUGAAAAUUUAAUAGCACUAAACCUCUCGCAUAAUAAAAUCGGAAAGGUUGAAGAUCGCACUUUUAUAGGAUUGAACCAAUUGAAAAGUCUUGACAUAAGAGGAAAUAGUAUGACUGAAUUUCAAGAGGACAUUUUUGAAGGUCUAACAAGUCUUGAAAAACUUUACUCGGACGCCUACGUAUUUUGUUGCCUAAGACCAGGUUCUGUAAAGGAGGAAGAUUGUUUACCAGCAAGAGAUGAAUUCUCAUCGUGCUCAGAUAUGAUGAGAAACGAUAUACUUAGAACCUGCUUAUGGGUAAUUGGAUUAUGUGCACUGAUUGGAAACUUGAUCGUUCUUAUAUACCGUGUUAUUUAUGACCGUGGUUCAUUGUCAAAAAGCUAUGGUAUUUUCAUCACAAGUUUAGGUACUUCAGAUUUCAUGAUGGGUGUUUAUAUGUUAACUAUAGCAUCUGCCGAUGUUAUGUUUCGAGGGAACUAUGUUUGGAAUGAUCUUUCGUGGCGGUAUGGAGUCCCUUGUAAAAUAGCUGGAAUUAUAUCAACGGUCUCCAGUGAAAGUUCGGUAUGCUUUCUCUUUCUGAUAACUAUCGAUCGUUUUAUCGCAAUCAAAUAUCCUUUUGGUGAGAUACGAUUUGGGAAAAGAUCAGCUGGGUGUAUUUCAUGUUCUGUUUUCAUGAUAAGCUUCAUAAUAGCAGUCGUACCGUUAAUUUUACCUGGUUCAUACUUUGACGGAAAUUUCUAUUCACGAUCAGCAGUUUGCCUUGCGUUGCCGCUCACCCGCGACAAACCGAACGGCUGGGAGUACUCAUUCGGAAUUUUCAUUGUGUUUAAUUUUAUGCUGUUCUUGAUAAUAGCUGGUAUGCAGCUAAUAAUUUAUCGAGAAGUCACAAAUACUAUGAAUAGUGUUAGAUCUACAAAGAAAAACCAAGACUUGACAAUUGCAAGGAAUCUCUUUAUUGUUGUGUUUAGUGACUUCCUAUGUUGGUUUCCUGUUGGUGUAAUGGGUUUGAUGGCACUAAAUGGACAUUUGAUUCCUGCUGAGGUUUAUGCAUGGACUGCUGUAUUCAUUUUGCCUAUUAAUUCCGCUCUGAAUCCUUUUCUGUAUACGUUUUCGGCUAUAAUUCGAACAAAACGUGUGCGGAGAAGAGCAUCCAGUCAGAAGUGCCUGACAAAUCAGAUGUCAAUCGUUUCUAAUGGUAAUACCAAUGAAAACAGCAGGGACUCGUUUGAUAACAUAACAAGUAAAGAAGGUCUUUUUAAGAAGAUCGUCAAAGCUGUAGAACAUUCCCUCCAAAAUUCUACUUUGGAUGCAGAUGACAUAGAAACACUCGUAUCGCAACUGAACAGUGCCACAGAAUCACUUACGAAGACAUGAGCUGAUCGAUGUAUAAUUAAAGAAAUAGGCAAUUAAGAACACUACAGAAGAUACACACAAGAUAUGUUUAUUAUACUGCAUAUAAUAACAUCUAAGUACAUCCGAUUUGUAUAUAGAAAGACGUUUUGUUGUUAUGGAUUUCUAAAAAACUCGCACCAUUUUCCAAAUGUUGAUAAACUAUGAAAUUGUUUAUAA